AUGACUCCCUCAGCACAAGUUGAGGAGCCUCCGAAGGAUGUUGCGAAAAAGACGCCCCUGCAGUUGCUAUCACAGGGUAAAUGUCUCCCUGGCAUUCCGAAACACCCCACAUUCGCAGCACACAGACAAUGGAUGUUGGAGAAGAUGGCCCUUGCCUUCCGGGUCUUUGCACGUCUAGGCUACACAGAUGGUCUGGCUGGCCAUAUUUCCAUCCGAGACCCGGAGAACCCACACACAUUCUGGACAAACCCGUUGGCAGUGCAUUCUGGCAUGAUGAAAGCCAGUGAUAUGAUACUUGUUGACUACGAUGGGGUACCAAUUGGAGGAAACACGGAUAGACCUGCCAAUGCCGCAGGGUUCAUGAUCCAUAGCGCUGUGCACAAGGCUAGGCCAGAAGUUAUUGCUGCAUGCCAUACUCAUAGCGUGCACGGCAUGGCAUGGAGUGCAUUCGGCCGACCGCUAGAAAUGAUAACCCAAGAUACCGCAUACCUCUAUGGUGAUGCCCAGGCUGUCUAUAAUGACUUUGGCGGCGUUGUACUUACCCCAGAAGAAGGCGACAGGAUUGCCGCCGCUAUGGGAACCAAAGGCAAGGGCAUGAUAUUACAAAACCACGGCCUUUUCACCGUCGGAACUACAGUGGAUGAGGCAUGCUUCUUGAUGGCUCUAAUGGAGAGAGCUUGUAAAUGUCAGUUGCUCGUCGAAGCCGCCGCGGCCAACGGUAUCCCCAAAGUUCUCGUCCCCGACGCGAGUGCAAAGUACACGUUUGAGAACUCAAGUGACCCAGAAACUUUAUACUGGGAGGGGCAGCCGGACCUUGAAUACGAAGAGUACAUGUGCAAGGGGGAACAUAAAGACUAA